CACCUGCAGUCUUGUGAAUCUUCUCCAUAAUCACCUGUGGCUGUGCGGCGCAGAGUCUCUAACAGAAAACAGCGCGUUCCCUCCUCUGGAGCAGCAGCAGCAUCCCGAUGGGUCACGCGGAGGAGCAGCAUCAGCAUCAGCACCAUCACCAUCACAGGCUGGAGCGUCACGCGUCGCUCCGUCUCCGUCCAGAAGGCGCGAGGAGGACGAGCUGAUUCUGCUGCGGAGAGUUCAAGAAGCGGGAGGAGGUGGAGGAGAAGACGGAGGUGGAAGUCCCGCGAGACAAAUAAAGAAACAGAUAGGCGGACUGAUCCACACUCAGAGCGGAGUGAAGGCGCCGCACGUGAGACGCGCGCGACAGAAGGGAUAAUCAUUCGUUUUGGAUCCGCGCCUCCGUCGCGUUAUUUUUUUAGAAGAGCUUUUCUUCCUCCAAACGGGGAGAACAGUGCUCUCCGAACCAGACUGCCCAGAUGAAUCCCAUGACACAGCUGUACUACAAGAAGGCGACCUAUUCACCAUACCGUGACCGCAUUCCACUUCAGAUUGUUCGAGCUGAGGUGGAACUGUCUGCAGAGGAGCGGGCCUACCUCACAGCUGUAGAGAAAGGUGACUAUGCAGGUGUCAAGCAUGCCCUUCGGGAGGCAGAGGUAUACUACAACAUGGACGUCAACUGUCUGGACCCACUGGGCCGCAGCGCGCUACUCAUCGCCAUCGAGAAUGAGAAUCUGGAGAUCAUGGAGCUCCUGCUGGACCAUGGCAUCCACACGGGUGACGCCCUGCUGUACGCCAUCAGAAAGGAGGUGGUGGGCGCCGUGGAGCUGCUGCUGUCCCACAGGAGGCCGAGUGGGGAGAAGCAGGUUCCGUCCCUCAUGAUGGACAGUCAGUUUUCAGAGUUCACCCCUGAUAUAACUCCCAUCAUGCUCGCUGCUCACACCAACAACUAUGAGAUUAUCAAGCUGCUUGUCCAGAGAAAGGUCACCAUCCCCAGACCGCAUCAGAUACGCUGUGACUGUGUAGAGUGUGUAUCCAGUUCAGAGGUCGACAGCCUUCGACAUUCACGGUCUAGACUCAACAUCUACAAGGCACUGGCCUCGCCCUCACUCAUCGCUCUUUCCAGUGAAGACCCCAUCCUCACGGCCUUCAGACUGGGCUGGGAACUCAAAGAACUCAGCAAGGUGGAGAAUGAGUUUCGUCAGGAGUACGAGGAGCUGUCACAGCAGUGCAAACGAUUCGCCAAAGACCUUCUGGAUCAGGCCAGAAGUUCGAGAGAACUGGAGACCAUCCUGAACCACAGAGACAACGACCAGAGUGAGGAGCUGGACCCCAGACAAUGCCAUGAUUUAGCCAAGCUUAAACUCGCCAUCAAGUACCACCAGAAAGAGUUUGUGGCUCAGCCGAACUGUCAGCAGCUGCUGGCCACUCUGUGGUAUGACGGCUUCCCGGGCUGGAGGAGGAGACACUGGGCCGUCAAACUGGUCACCUGCUUCAUCAUCGGACUGUUGUUUCCCGCCUUCUCAUUGAUCUACCUGUUGGCUCCAAAGAGCGCUCUGGGUCGCUUCAUCAAGAAGCCCUUCAUCAAGUUCAUCUGCCAUACAGCAUCAUACCUGACCUUCCUCUUCCUCCUGCUGCUGGCCUCUCAGCACAUCGCCCGCACCAACCUGCACAUGCAAGGACCCCCGCCCACCAUUGUGGAGUGGAUGAUUCUUCCGUGGGUGCUGGGCUUCAUCUGGGCAGAGAUCAAAGAGAUGUGGGACGGGGGCUUCACAGAGUACAUCCAUGACUGGUGGAACCUGAUGGACUUUGCCAUGAACUCUCUCUACUUGGCCACUAUCUCUCUGAAAAUCGUGGCCUACGUCAAGUAUAACUCCUCUCGUCCGAGGGAGGAGUGGGAGAUGUGGCACCCGACGCUGAUCGCCGAGGCGCUGUUCGCCAUCGCCAACAUCUUCAGCUCGCUCAGACUCAUCUCCCUCUUCACAGCCAACUCCCACCUUGGCCCUCUGCAGAUCUCACUGGGGCGGAUGCUGCUGGACAUCCUCAAGUUCCUCUUCAUCUACUGCCUGGUCCUGCUAGCGUUUGCUAACGGGUUAAACCAGCUGUAUUUCUACUAUGAGACGAAGGCCUCAGAGGAACCCAACAACUGCAAGGGCAUCCGCUGUGAAAAGCAGAACAACGCCUUCUCCACGUUAUUUGAGACGCUCCAGUCUCUGUUCUGGUCCAUAUUUGGGCUGCUGAACCUGUACGUCACCAACGUGAAGGCUCGCCACGAGUUCACGGAGUUUGUCGGGGCGACGAUGUUUGGGACGUACAACGUCAUCUCGCUGGUGGUUCUGCUGAACAUGCUGAUCGCCAUGAUGAACAACUCCUACCAGCUCAUCGCCGACCACGCCGACAUCGAGUGGAAGUUUGCCCGCACCAAGCUGUGGAUGAGUUACUUUGACGAGGGCGGCACGCUGCCGCCCCCGUUCAACAUCAUCCCCAGCCCUAAGUCCGUGUGGUACCUCCUCAUGUGGCUCCACAACAAGCUGUGCAGGCGGGGCCAGCCGCCCGGGGAGGGCUCACACAAAUGUGAAAACCUGCGAGAGUUCACGGUGAGCGAAGGUCGACGGCGGGAGCUGCAGAUCGUUCUGAUGCUUCAGAGAGGAGUCAGGAAAUCUUCUGAGCGGCACGCUGACAGUCUGAUACAGAACCAGCACUACCAGGAAGUGAUCCGGAGUCUGGUGAAGAGAUAUGUGGCCGCCAUGAUCCGUAGCGCCAAAACAGACGAAGGGCUGACAGAGGAAAACUUUAAGGAGCUGAAGCAGGAUAUUUCCAGUUUCCGCUACGAGGUGCUGGAUCUCCUCGGUAACCGGCGUCCCCCACGGCGACACUACUCCUCCUCCAGUGAAACAACAAAAGAUGAUGCGGCUGGAGCAUCAGAGGAUGACAGUGAAUCGGGGGAUGGUGGCGGAGGUGGGGGAGGGGUUGGAGGAGUUGGAGUCCAGAAGUCGAAGAGCGUCACCUUCUCCAACCCGGUGGAAGAAGACAGAAGGUCAGGGCCAACGCUCGGCGUAUCUGCGCUGGUGCGAUCCAUAUCGGGAAUGACGCGAAUAGACAGAGGGCGGGACGGGCAGCUGGAGGAGAAUGAGGGGUGGGGGGAAGGGGAGGAGGAAGAGGAGGGGAAACCAAAGAGCAACGGCCUGAAGACGGCAGUCAUCCCUCCGUCCUCCACCCCUGUCCUCCCCUCUCCAUCGUCAUCGUUCUCCUCCACAUUCUCCUCUUCGCUCGCUCGAACGAAGAACCGUCUGCAGCGCCUCUCCACUCCGAGUUCAAAAACAGACUCCUUCAAACGCCUCUCCUACCUGUUCUCCCGGUCCAAACGCAAAGCCCCGCCUACACCGCUCCCCCUCCAGUCCCCAUCCUCCUACACCAUCUCUGACGGAUUGCUCCGCCCCCUGGGGAGCCACAGCCACUCCGACUUUGGACUCAGUGACGUCACCAGAAGCGACACUCACCUGAACGAGGUGGGCUGUCUGGUGGACAACCCGUCGUUCUCUCCGCUGAGAACGAACGGGCGGGACUCACUCCUGGCACUGCCCCUCCCACCCCCGUGUCCCUGCCAAUCUCUGCACUGUGCUUCCAACAUGUCUGAGUCCAGCUCGCGCCUCCUGGACUCCAGCGAGGACGUUUUCCAAAGCGAAGGCACGGAAGGAGCGGGUGUGGGUGGCGUGGAUGGUGGAGGAGGAAGAGGGGGGGUGAUGAUGAUGGGCGGAUGGGUGGGACCAUGUGAAGAUGUCAUAGAGGACAGCUGUGAAGUCAUAGAGGACUCGGUCACCACGCAGCUAUAGGAGAGAGAGGAAACGGUUUUAUAUUUUUGCUGAAUGGUGGAAAAUAAACAAAGAUGGAGCGAUACAGAGAGAGAGGGGGGGGGCACUCAACAAGAAGGAGUUGGGGAUUUUCUUCAACAAUUUUAAGACUCAGCGGAUUUAAACACCUGUGAGAACAGAACAGAUCCUGAUGUGACAGAUGCUUAUGGAGACAGUUUGACCCCUUUUGGAUGUAAUGUUUGUCUGUUUUUUUUUCUACUCAAGGGCUUGUCAUGGUUGGUCGAUGGGAUUCUUCUCUGUAGCGCAACAUGGCCAACUUUUAGGUUCCAUUUGGACUUGAUUAACAAGGACAGAGGUAAAAGAAAUAAAUGCAUUUCACACACAGGAGAUUAAAACAGAAAGCAAAGGAAACACAAAGUCCAAUUCAAAUUUCUUUAACAAAAAUAUCUCAGGCAUCACCAUUCAAAUUCCCUGUUUCAGUUUCUAACACAAUAACUAAACGAGAGAGAGAGAGAGAGAGAGAGAGAGAGAGAGAGAGAGAGAGAGAGAGAGAG